CUCACUUUACUGCAGUAGCAGAGCUCCGGGGGCAACGCGAGGGGCUUCAGACUCACUCCCCUCCCACCAGCAGGUGACGGGUCCCCGCUGCUCCAUCCUCAGCCGGCCCGCUACCUCAGUCCGUCUGUCUCCAUGAGCAUGGCAUCAGGGGGUGAAGGUCCAUCCUCCACUCCUCACAGACACACCAACAGGUUAGCCAAGGAGAAGUCCCCCUACCUCCUUCAACAUGCGCACAACCCUGUCGACUGGUAUCCAUGGGGACAAGAUGCUUUCGACAAAGCCAGGAAUGAGGACAAACCUAUUUUUUUAUCCGUGGGCUACUCCACGUGCCACUGGUGCCAUGUCAUGGAGAGGGAGUCAUUCGAGGAUGAGGAAAUUGGAAGAAUGCUCAGCGACAACUUUGUCUGCAUCAAACUGGACCGAGAAGAGAGACCUGAUGUGGACAAGGUCUACAUGACCUUUGUUCAGGCAACAAGUGGAGGUGGAGGAUGGCCCAUGAGCGUUUGGCUGACCCCUGAUCUUAAGCCUUUCAUCGGAGGCACCUACUUUCCUCCUAGAGACCAUGGGAGACGACCUGGAUUCAAGACAGUCCUCUCCAGAAUAAUGGAACAGUGGCUGAAUAACCGUCCUGCUUUGGAGUCCAGCGGGGAGAGGAUCCUUGAAGCUCUAAAGAAAGGCACCGCCGUGGCUGCGAACCCCGGGGAAAGUCCACCUCUGGCCCCAGAUGCCGCUAACCGCGGCUUCCAGCAGUUGGCCCAUUCUUACGAGGAGGAGUACGGAGGCUUCAGAGACGCUCCCAAGUUCCCGAAACCAGUGAAUCUGAUGUUCCUCAUGAGUUACUGGUCUGUGAAUCGCUCCACUUCAGAGGGGAUUGAGGCUCUUCAGAUGGCGUUGCACACGCUCCGCAUGAUGGCGCUGGGAGGCAUCCACGACCACGUGGCACAGGGUUUUCAUCGUUACUCCACUGAUUCCUCCUGGCAUGUUCCGCACUUCGAAAAGAUGUUGUACGACCAAGCUCAGCUGGCUGUAGCCUACAUAACUGCCUCCCAGGUAUCAGGCGAGCAGCUCUUUGCAGAUGUGGCUCAGGACAUACUGCUCUACGUCUCUAGGGACCUGAGCGACAAGUCCGGGGGCUUCUACAGUGCUGAGGAUGCAGACUCCGUCCCAUCCUCGGGGGGGACAAAAAAGCGCGAGGGGGCUUUCUGUGUCUGGACAGCCUCAGAGGUUCGGGAGCUGCUGCCAGACAUGGUGGAAGGCGCCAGUGAACCUGUCACUCAGGCAGACAUCUUCAUGCACCACUAUGGGGUCAAAGAGCAGGGCAACGUCGCUGCUGAACAGGAUCCCCACGGGGAGCUGGAAGGUCAGAAUGUGCUGAUCGUGCGUUAUUCCGUGGAGUUGACGUCUGCUCGCUUUGGCAUCAGUGUCGAGAAGGUGAACGAGCUCCUGGCUGCUGCCAGAGCCAAGAUGGCAGAAGUGAGGACCAGUCGGCCACGCCCACAUCUGGACACCAAGAUGUUAGCCUCCUGGAAUGGCCUGAUGCUGUCGGCCUACGCUCGUGUUGGAGCUGUGCUGGGGGACAAGGCCCUGCUGGAGAGGGCCUUGCAGGCUGGCUACUUCCUCAAGGACCACCUGUGGGACGCUGAACGGCAGACCAUCCUCCGAACCUGUUACCGCGGAGACGAGAUGGAGGUGCAACAGAUUUCUCCACCCAUUUCCGGCUUCCUGGAUGACUAUGCUUUCAUCAUCUGUGGCUUGUUGGACCUGUACGAGGCCACGCUGAAGACGGAGUGGCUGCAGUGGGCCGAGGAGCUGCAGCUACGGCAGGACACGCUGUUCUGGGAUGAGGUGGGAGGAGGCUUCUUCUGCAGCGAUCCCAGCGACAGCACCGUGCUGCUGCAACUCAAAGAGGAUCAAGACGGAGCUGAGCCCAGUGCUAACUCAGUGUCUGCGUCCAAUCUCCUGCGUCUGUCCCACUACACUGGAAGACAGGAGUGGCUUCAGAGGUCCCAACAACUGCUGACUGCUUUCUCUGAUCGUCUGACCAGGGUUCCCAUAGCCCUCCCUGAAAUGGUCCGAUCUCUUAUGGCCCAGCACUACACCCUUAAACAGAUCGUGAUCUGUGGCCAGAGGGAUGCCCCGGACACCACAAGCCUCCUGGCAGCAGUCAACUCCCUCUUCCUACCACAUAAGGUCUUGAUGCUCGUCGACGACGAUGAAAACUUCCUGUGUCAGCGUCUGCCUGUCCUCUCCUCCAUGGCGCAGCAGGGCGGUGUCGCCACAGCCUACGUCUGCCAGGACUUCACCUGCUCUCUGCCUGUUACCGACCCCCAGGAACUGCGUCGCCUCCUGCUGGACGGGGCAACCGACACACAGGCAGAAUGACGACCAAAUUAUUUUAUUUUGUGAAAUCCUCGGAGACUCUUCUCUCUUAGUCUGCAGCCCUGCACUUAGCUUUUUAUUGUUUGCAGUAGUAGUCCGUGUCUUUCGAGAUUAGGAUUUCCAAAGCUUACAAAUUCAAUAUGCCACAUUAUAAGGAGACGUUACCUUGAGUUCAAUGGGACCUUUAAGUCCUCAUUCUUCAUAAGUAACACCAGCUUUAUAUACCUCAAAUAUCAACACUUCAUCGUAGCAGGCUUACUGGUCUCAGGUGCACAAACAUCCUUAUAAAGAAAUAUGCACUGCAGCUGUGGCAGCAUUCUGAAAACACAGCCCUCUGUAAAAUAUGUCCAGGACCCACAAAUAAACUACAGGCUCUUCAUAGACAAUAAUCGAAAACCACUUGGAUGAACCAGGCCGUGAGUAUUUUGCAGAGGAACCUGUCGGCCCUGUUGUCCUCUCCUCGGCCCGCGUCCCACAUCCACGUCACAUGGAUCUGACAGUGGACGCCUGCAUGCCCUGGUUGGGUGUGAGUGUGUUUAAAAAGAAAAAGAGUUGGUUUGCAGGCUUGUAUCUAUCCCUGGACGUGCAUUGUAAAGUUUUAUCAUAUAUGCAUUUUUUUCUUUUCCCUUUUCGGUUGGUGCGACAAAACAGAUGAGACAUUACGAGACAGACUGUUCUGCAAAAAAGAUAGUAGGAAAAGUAAAUGUAUUAAGUCGUUGUCUAACGGGGGAAGAAAGGAACCAAAAACAAAUAUAAACCAGCCAUGACUUUUUACUCAAUCACUUUUAGUGCUUCAGAUUUGGGAGGCUUCCCCUCCUCAGCCGCCCUCUGGUCCUGGGGAGGAGGCUGGCUGACGGGGGUGCACCUCAUCACCAUUCACUCCUCCUGAGCAGCCCCCAGACCCGAUAGGGAGAUAGUCUGGUCUCGUUUGGAGAGGGAUUCAAAUGUUAUCCACCAUCUAAUUCCACAAACGUCCGUUAGUCUGUCUGGAACGUAUGUCUUGCAAACGUUCAACUUAUCGGCUUCACACUUGUCAUGUGUAGGGAUAAUGGGAGAGUUCAGUAUCAAUAAAAUGUUUAUAAACAAGCGACCAUGCUCUGUAGCAGUCAGUGGGGGUGGGGUAGUGUCUUCAUUCUGUGGUCUGAGUUGAAUAUGUCUUGUUCAACAUCCUCUACAGUAGUGAUUUGUAACUGGGUCAAAACACAGGUCAACAUCAUCACCUGAUACUUUUAUUUUCUUCACCAUACACAGUUUGACCGACACAGACACAUUGAUGGUUGGUCAUUGUAGCAAGAUUCAUAGAAUCACCUCCUCUUUAGCAAUUAGUCUCCAGAGUAACUUCCAACGUUCCAUUUCGUUGCUGCAGUGCUUUACUGAGCGGAUUUACGGAGCUUUUAUUUUGAAAAGGUGUGAACUUGAAUCCAAAGAUUCUGCAGAACUCUGAACGAGCCAACAUGCAUCGUAUAAAACAAAUAACACAAGUUCAGUAAAUCAUUCAAGCUAACAUACAAUCCACACACGAACAGCGAUAAAGGUAACUCUGCUUCAUUUGAAGAAAAACACUGAUUGAAAAAUCGUCACUGCAGAUGAACCAGGUAGGAUGAACACAAAGUUGUCUAACCUCACUCUUCACCAUAGACUGUUUAUGAAAACCUCUAAACACAACGUCCAGCACAAAACUAAUAAAAACUCACAGUAGAUUGUAGAACUGUUUCAGGAGGACUCACAAAUGACAAGGAAUAAUUCUGAAGUUGCUCCAGAGCAUCAACACAGGUCAAGAGAACAGAAGGUUCCAAACAGGCAGGUUGAGAACGGGCACUGCACUUGUAAAUAUGAAAGAGAAGAAGAAAAAAGAUGUGGAAGUGGGGGUUGUUUAUAUUAUAACGCUCAUGUUUGGUUUACUUGUAGUAACCUCAAGGUGAAGUAGGUGCUCUCUCACAAGCCUCCGUUUACCAUCUGCUCCACCUUUGUUGGUUAUAUCUGUUUUGUUCUGUUUUUUGUUAGAAAAUAAGACGACAAUAACAAACAACAGCAUGUAUACGUACAACCCUGAACAAUAAAGAAAUAUGUUCUCACGA